AUGCCAUAAUUUGGACAUGAUCAUUUUAUUUUACUUUUAUUAAUGGUGUGUUCUACUUUGUCAGUUUGUGUUUUCCUUUUAGAUGUUUAGUGUAUUACAGAGUAUAAAUUUCUUUGUUGUUUCCUAGUUGAAAUAUCUUGAUGGUAGAAAGUGCAUUUAAAUAUGGUUUAUUGUACUUAAAAAAAGUACUUUCUGGGAGACAUCAGUCGAAGGGUCUCCUCUGUAUGGCACCAAUUCUUAGACUUUUAAAUUCCAUUAGCCACUUCUACAGAGAAAGAAAAAACGAAAAUAAAACCUCAGUUGCUUGUAUAGAAGUUGGUCACCAAUGAGAGAUUUGAUUUUUAUCAGUUAAGCACUUUAAAAAUUUAAAUUAGUGACAAAAGCAGAAACUUUUGUCCUAUAGUAAAAGUGGUGAUAUUUUCAGAAAGUAGAUGGUCUUUAAAAGAGCAUUAUUGGCAGUUAAUGAUAACCCAUGUUUGGAUCUUGACAAAUUGUGAUUAUUGGGAAUGUUCACUGGGCAGUGGAAAAGGAAAAAAGGCCAGGAAGAGUUGUGCUCUUGAAUUACUUUUAAUUUCAAUUCUAAAAAAUGGGAGUAUGAUAGUUUUUCAGAGUGUAGUCACUUAAUUCAUUUCCCCUCAUUGUGCAUAAGGGAAAGCAUUGCACAGUGAAAUAAUUGCUGAUACGAAGUCCAGGAUUCUUAAUUAUAUAAUAUACAUUUCCCCCCCAUCCACUGUAAUUAUGCUCUUUCAGCUAAAUUUCUUUGUGAAAAUUUUAACUGUUGUAGAUGAAUGUAUAUCUUUGUAUGUGGUCUAAAUAUCUAUCCUUUACAUGUGCAUAGAUGUGAUCUAUUGCAGGAUAUUAGUUAUCUUACACAAUUUCAAUUUAGAAUGUAGUUUAAAUAAAUUCUGUUAAAAUUUAAAUAAGCUAUUCUGCUUGAAAGCUACAUAAAAGUCAUUUAUAUUGCUUAAUUUUUUUUAGGUGGUGUCCCUUUGUUUUAUUCCCAGUGUAACCUGGUUUUAAGCUAUAAACUUGGCGUGCUGAAAUAUGGAAUAAUUGGAUCUACUCAUAUCCAUUCAGUUCACUCAUUUCUCUUUAUGCCGUCAUUUUUCAUAUUCUUAUGUACCUCUAUCUUGAUUGUCUAGCCAGAAAUAGUUCUGUUAAACUUCCUUUACAGAAAAAUAUAAUUAAUUAUAUCAGCAGGUAUUGAUAUCUCAGUUUCAAAGGUAGUAUAAGAACUUCAUAUUUGACUUUUCACUUUUAUGGGUGUUUUCUUCCUGAAAUACUAUUUAGUAAGCUCUAUGGUGAUCAAAAUAAUAACAAACAUUUUAAAGUAACUGAAAAUCCAAAUCUUAGUCUUUCUUAUUUAACUCCACGGACAGUUCUGCUUGCUAUUUUUCUUAUUCACAGUCCUAAUUUAUUAAUCUGAUUCUUUAUAACUCUUUCCUAACAAAUUAAUAUUUAGCUUUUCUUUUUUAUCUCAACUUGUUUUGUGCAUGCGAGGGAUUAAAAAAUAAUUCCUCUCCCCUAACUAAAAGCUCCUUUGAAAUUAUUUUAACAUAACUUUGCUAUCUGUUGUAUGUAUUGUUUUCUUUUCUUCUACUUUGGCCACAAAUUCCCUCAGGUCUCCGCUGGUUCAUCCUCCAAGCCAUGGAUGCCGCUCGACUCACAACAGUCCAAUUCACACUGCUACUGGCUCACGACUUACUCAGAACUUCUCUGUGUCUGUUCCCACUCUCAUCUAUACUGGAUUCCCUUCAAUGAAGAUCCCAAUCCCAAUACUCACUCAUCAGGACCCUCAACCCCUCUGAAAAACCAAACUUAUUCCUUUUCACCUUCCAAGUCCUACAGUCGACAGUCCUCUUCUUCUGACACAGAUUUGAGUUUGACACCCAAAACUGGAAUGGGAAGUGGUAGUGCUGGAAAAGAAGGGGGGCCCUUUAAAGCUCUUUUAAGACAACAGACUCAGUCAGCAUUGGAACAGAGGGAAUUUCCCUUUUUCACCUUGACGGCGUUUCCUCCUGGAUUCCUCGUGCAUGUUGGGGGAGUAGUUAGUGCACGUUCUGUGAAGCUUUUGGAUCGUAUCCACAAUCCUGAUGAACCAGAAACUCGAGAUGCGUGGUGGGCAGAAAUCAGACAAGAAAUAAAAUCACAUGCCAAAGCAUUAGGCUGUCACGCUGUAGUGGGCUACAGUGAAUCAACUAGCAUCUGUGAAGAGGUCUGUAUUUUAUCUGCAUCCGGCACGGCAGCUGUACUGAACCCUAGAUUUCUGCAGGAUGGCACCAUGGAGGGCUGUUUGGAACAGAGGCUAGAAGAAAAUUUGCCUGCAGGCUGUGGAUUUUGCCAUAUACCAUAUGAUGAACUGAAUAUGCCAUUUCCAGCUCAUCUCACAUAUUGCUAUAACUGCAGGAAACAAAAAGUUCCUGAUGUUCUCUUUACAACUAUAGAUCUCCCAGUGGAUGCAGCAGUUAUUGGAAAAGGUUGUCUCAUUCAAGCAAGGUUGUGUCGCUUAAAAAAGAAGGCACAAGCAGAAGCAAAUGCCACAGCUAUCAGUAAUCUGUUGCCAUUUAUGGAGUAUGAAGUGCAUACUCAGCUAAUGAAUAAACUAAAACUCAAAGGAAUGAACGCUUUGUUUGGACUGAGGAUUCAGAUCACCGUGGGUGAAAACAUGUUGAUGGGCUUAGCGUCAGCCACAGGUGUGUAUUUAGCAGCUUUACCAACACCUGGAGGUAUUCAGAUUGCGGGGAAGACACCUAAUGACGGCUCAUACGAGCAGCAUAUAUCGCAUAUGCAGAAGAAGAUAAAUGACACGAUUGCUAAGAAUAAAGAGUUGUAUGAAAUCAAUCCUCCGGAGAUAUCUGAAGAGAUUAUAGGAUCCCCCAUUCCAGAACCUAGACAACGCUCAAGACUUUUGAGAUCUCAGUCAGAAAGCUCUGAUGAAGUUACAGAACUGGACCUUUCACAUGGGAAAAAAGAUGCAUUUGUUUUGGAGAUUGAUGACACGGAUGCUAUGGAAGAUGUACAUUCUCUACUCACUGAUGUUCCGCCUCCUUCAGGCUUUUAUAGUUGUAAUACAGAAAUUAUGCCUGGUAUAAAUAAUUGGACAUCUGAAAUACAGAUGUUCACCUCAGUAAGAGUAAUCCGAUUAAGCAGCCUUAACCUGACUAAUCAAGCCCUCAAUAAGAACUUUAAUGAUCUCUGUGAAAACUUGCUCAAGAGCCUGUAUUUUAAACUGCGGUCUAUGAUCCCCUGCUGCCUUUGCCAUGUAAAUUUUACAGUGUCUCUCCCUGAAGAUGAAUUAAUUCAGGUUACAGUCACAGCAGUUGCAAUAACUUUUGACAAAAAUCAGGCUUUACAGACCACAAAAACACAUGCUGAGAAGUCAUUGCAAAGAGCCUCUACCGAUAACGAAGAACUGCUGCAGUUUCCCCUGGAGCUCUGUUCAGAGUCACUUCCUUCUCAUCCUUUUCCACCAGCUAAAGAACACCUGGAGAGUGCAAGUGCUAACUCAGGUAUACCAGCUGCACAGAGAGACAGAUGCAGCAGCUGGAUAGAGCUCAUUAAACUGAAAGCUCAGACCAUAAGGCGCGGAUCAAUUAAGACAACUGUGACAGUCGAAAAAGCAAGUCCAAUGGGUGAAGGAAAUUUCCGGAAUCGUUCUGCUCCACCUUGUGCAAAUUCCACAGUUGGGGUUGUUAAGAUGACACCUCUUUCUUUCAUUCCUGGAGCAAAAAUAACAAAAUAUCUUGGGAUAAUUAACAUGUUUUUUAUUCGGGAAACCACUUCUCUUCGUGAGGAAGGAGGAGUCAGCGGGUUUCUCCAUGCUUUCAUUGCGGAAGUGUUUGCGAUGGUGCGGGCGCACGUGGCUGCACUGGGCGGGAAUGCCGUUGUCUCCUACAUAAUGAAGCAGUGUGUCUUCAUGGAGAAUCCAAAUAAAAACCAGGCACAGUGUCUUAUAAACGUAAGCGGUGAUGCGGUGGUCUUUGUUCGUGAAUCUGAAUUAGAAGUGGUAUCAACUCAGCAACCUGCUGCCAGCUGCCAGCCCUCAUGUACUGGAGGAGAAGUCACAACCUGAAGUCAGUUAGAAGGAAAGAGCUCAGCUAAAUGACGUUCACCUGUCUCCAUUGUUUUGUCAUUCAUCUUACUAGAUGUAAAAAACGAGCUUAAUUUGAGAGAAUUAAGAAAGAAUUGACACAUUAUGAAUAUAUUUAAUUGUCUGGGAUCACUUGGAGGCAUGAGAAUUUUCACAUCUUGAUAGUCUCUUUGCCGGGCCUAGACACACAGGCCCCGGGAGCCUCGACCCCAGGAAGUUCAGAUACAUUUCUCAGAGGACUGUAGCAAAGAUGGAAGCUAUUUGUAAUUUAUGUUGAUUUUAAUAAAAUCAUAAUUUAAAAAAUGAAAUGGUCCGAUUAUCAGGAAAUUAGGAUAGUUAUCCUAGUACAAUUUAGAAAAACUAAGCAAGAAAUUCACAGGUUGUUAAUAAGUAAUCUGAUUCGAGGAACGUAUGGGGAAAAAAUAGUUUUCAGAAAACUAUGUGGGUUUCUUAAGGUGUUAUUCUGAUGAGGAAUUUGGUAACAACUGAAAGGGAAAUGUGCAUCUUUGAAAAAGAAGUUAAAAUUCUGCAACUUGUAUACCUAAUGUGUCCUAACUACUGGAAAAGAAAAAGUAAUUUAUCAGAGCCAGUGUCCUUCCAUUGGAUGUUUAAUGUCUCUAAGGAAGGAGGAAAAAAAUUAUUAUAUAACUUCGUUUCUAGCCAAGUUUCAAUUUGUGUUUAAUUUGUCUGGAAGAGGCUUGGCUUCAACUGGGAAGAAAAGGCCAGUGAAUGUUGUUGAAGUAGUUAAAGUAUAAUUGAUCUAGUAGGAACAUAAAACUAUUUUCUAAUAAAGUCAUACUGCACUCCUAGCAAGUAAGCAGAGUUUUAGUAAUAUCUUAGGGAUUUUUGAUGGUGAGUUAGACUGUAUUUGGCAUAGAGUUUGGAAAUGUAACCUGAAUGUAAAUACGCUGCAGAAUGAUGAAUGUAUAGAUAGAAAUACAUUUUUUGUCAAUGCCAAAUACCUAUUACAAACGAACCUUUAAAAGUACAUUCCUCCUUUGCACAAUAGAGUUUCUUUGUAAAACUCAUCAUUUUGCUCUUCCAUGAUUACAACUGCCCUAAAGAUUAGGAGUCAUUUCCUUGUUAUCACAGGUGUCAAUAUUUUUCUGUAUUUUGUUUAUAAUUUUAUUUUUUAAAUAAAAAAUUUAUAAA